AUGCUCGCCAUGCGUACUUCCAGACUGUUGAAGCCGACCCUGGCCUCCGUCUCUUUUGACGCGAGGCGCGCGAUCUCCGUGAAGGUACAGUCGUCUGCGGGGCGCGCCGUAAAUUCGAUACUACAUGGUUCACCAGAGGCAAAGAAAGAGGGAGAUGUCGCCGUUCAACAGCAUUCGCGGCUCGUGGCCCGCGGAAAGUAUAUCCAUGGAUUUGAAGUCCACCGAGUGAAGCCUGAGGCAGUCGGAGACUACAAGAAGGCAGCAGAACAAUAUUACGCGGCUAUUAAGGAUGACUCCGGUUUGCACGUUAAGCUCACGGGAAGCUGGGAGACGGUUGUCGGGGAGCAAGACACGUUUGUCCAUAUUCUCGAAUAUGAGAACUAUAGCGGUUACGACAUGACCACGAAGAAGAUCCGAGAGUCUGACCAUAUCAAAGCAUAUCGAAGUAUGCUGCCCCACUUGGUCUCGCGGUCUUCUCAGUUAUGUCAAGAGUUCGCCAUCCUGCCUACCGCACCUCCUCAUUCAGAAGGAGGGAUCUUUGAGCUGCGGACGUAUCAGCUGAACCCGGGGACGCUGUUACAGUGGGAGCAGACAUGGCGCAAGGGGAUCGAGGCCCGGCGGAAAUUCGUGGAGCCUGUUGGUGCAUGGUUCUCACAGGUUGGGCGACUACAUCAAGUUCAUCACAUGUGGCAGUACCCUGACCUGCAGACCCGAAAGGAGACGCGCGAGAAGGCGUGGAAGCUGGAUGGGUGGUCAGAGACAGUCUCAAAGACGGCGGAGUAUUCGAUGCUGAUGGAUUCGAUAAUUCUGGAGCCACUGCCAUUCAGUCCUCUGAAGUGA